UUUUUUUUUUACAAAAAUUUACCAAUUUUUUCUCUUAAUCUCAACCUAAUUCCUACCUCCAAAUUCUCUCUCUAAAUUUCCUUUACAUGUCGAAUCCCACAACCCGGUUCUAAGUUCGAAGAAUAGCAAGUGACACUACUGGUGGUUCCGGUUCGAGUUCGUAAAGAGAUUAUCGAGGAAUUGGAAGUCUUCAAAGAUAUGGUUUUCAUUAAUCCUAAUUGAGUGUAAUUAGGGUAGUUAUUAUGCAUGUUAACUUCUAAAAAUAGUUUACUUGCAAUUAGGGUAAAAUUCGUUUCUUAUUCCGUUGUGAAUGUAUUGCUUUCCAUUAGGGUUUGGUUUAUGAAUCCUAGGAGUUUUAUCCAAGUGUCCAAAUAUGGGUUUGCCUUCAAAUGUCAAACCCCCUAAUUCCAAACCCAUGGGCCAAACAUUUUCUUUGGCCGCUGCUCUCUCUCUCUCUCAAUCCCUCUCAAUUUUGCAAUGUCUCCCUCUUGCAAACUUCCUAAAAAAACCCUCAAAAUUUUGCAUUGCCACCAUCUCUCUCUCUCAAACGCUCUUUGGUUCAGCUUCGAUUUUCCCUUCUCUCUCGCAAACGUUGUUGUCUCUCUCUCACAAGGAGCCCACCAAACCUUGCCCUACUGUAUCCGUACGAUAAUACCCACGUAAUAUGCACCCAAACGGUCCCCUUGGGAAAAUAACUGAAAAAGGGUAUUCCAAAGAGGGCAGACUGGCGGGAGCAGACAGAAGAAUCAUAAUUCAUUUAUGUAGAAGACGAAGGCAUUAGGGCAAAGCUUUGAACAUUCAGAUUACUCAUAACAACGCCGGUGGAAUAAAUCGCUUCCAAGGGAACAUCCCACAGGUACCACACCUUUCAUCGAAGAACUACCAAAGUUCUAAGUUUUCUUACGCGAUUUUUCUGCUCUUAAAAGUGUUAUUUUUUGACGCAAUGGUUGACGGGAGUACUGGAAAUCAUUUGCCCCAUGAUCGUUGGGAUAGGACAUUAUGUCAAAUUUUAUGUCACAGAACUGUGGAGGAGGAGUCUGGGAUGGAAGAAUGUGACAAGGACUAUCUAAAUUUCUUAAAUGAUUUGACGUAUAGUGUGGACAGUAAUGAUGAGAACGUUGAUGCUUGCCUUGAGGAUGGUUAUAAUUCGACUUCACACUUUAACUGGUCGGAUAAAAAAGUUGAUCCUGUUUAUAGGAUGUUUUUUCACCAUUUGAUUGGAGAUGGGAAAGCUUAUAAGCUUGAAAUUCCUUCGGUUAAUGGGAUGGAAGUGUAUGUUUUGAAGUACGAGGAACAGGAACAGGAACAAGAAAAAGAACAAUCAAGUCUUAAUAGAAAAAGACCUGGAACUACCAGGAUCUUAAGGAGUGAUUCAAAGAAAAUGAAGAUAGAGAGCCCACCUAAAGAAAGCCCGGUUUCUUCAUUUGAGAAAGAGUUCAAGGUGGAUUGUGCAAAAUCUGUUGAUGGAAAUUCAAGCACUAUCCCUGGUACACGUCCUCAUUCUGCUAAGCAUCUUUCCCAAUCCAAUUCUGACUCGAAUUUGAUCGAUGAAGACUACAAGACAUUUUUGACUGAUUCCUUUUAUGAUGAUGAUCAUACAUUGACAUAUACACCAGUAGACGGUAGGUCAAUUGUAUAUGAGGACGGUGAAAGUAUCUCUGAUUCAGAAGUGCUGAUGUUUGAGACUGAUCCAUGUAAGCAAAACCGUCGUUCCUUUGGGAGAAAAUAUUCUUGUUCUACUGUGGAUGUAGAUAGUGGGAAGUGUCUUCAGAGUCUUGGUAGACGUACUGGUUCCAAUUUCAGGGAAAGGCUCAUGAAAGUUCUUAAAAGUCCAUACGAUGAACGUCAGUAUGAAUUCUAUCUUGAUGAAGUAAGUCGUCGUAGGCCACAAGUGCGUCAUAGAGAGUUACGUAGUCGAGUGCUAAAAGCAUAUGCACUGGAUUCUUACGGCAAAUCAUAUCUUCAUAUCCACAGUGAGCUUGCUACGAAAAUCCAAGCAGUUCAAUAUGAUCGCCUCAGAACCUUGAAUCUACUGCGUGGCUUCUUCUAUUGGUUGCAGAACUUAUCACACGAGGAUGCGUUUCAGCCUUGGAUGGAUCCAUCAUGCUUGAAUGUGUUGCCACAGUCAUAACUUGGAAGUUUAGGAUAAUUUGGCUCUUGUUUCACGUUAUAUGAAUCCAGAUAAAAUGAUAUCAUGAAUCUACUUUGGUUGGUCGUGGGUUUCAUGUUUUUGUAAUUAUAUUAGAAAUUAAAUUAGUACGUGAUAUCCAUUACAUUGUAACUCUUGCUGAGCCCAUGACAUUGAAGUGUAGAAGAAACACAUUCAUUCUGCUUAGAUGUCGCAUUGCGUCUUUCCUUUUUAUUCA